UUGUUACUAUAUCAUUAUAUCAAGGCAUUGCAAAGGUUCUCAAUUUAAUCAAGUAAUUAGUUUUGUAGCAUACAUCCAAUUCAAUCAGGAUCUUGAUCAUGGAUUUCAUCAGGCAUAUACCUGCAGUUGCCUUUGGAUUAUGGAUUUUGGACAAUGUGUUUGGCCAACCAGACCAGCCCCUAUUGGAGUUUCAUGUUGACGAUGCAGUGGAACACUUCAGGCAAUUCAUUGCAGAUCUGCGAGAACGAUUAGCAAGUGGAUUCACGAGUCAUGGAAUACCAAUCCUCCGGAACCCAACUACUGUGGCUAAUAACGAACGGUAUCUCCUACUGCAACUCUCUAAUGAAGAUAACUUAACCAUUACACUAGCGUUGGACGUUACUGAUGCAUAUGUGGUUGGUUAUCGUGCCGAAAAUCGAUCUUAUUUCUUUGGAGAAUAUUAUAAUUCUGCUCGUGCAAUUAUAUUCACAGACACUGAACAAAUUAGAAUCCCAUUUGGAGGUAACUAUGAUGCCCUAGAACGUGAGGCAGUAACUGCUGCUCAGCGACGGGCAGGAACCAGUUCCCAGCGAAUUAUCCAUCGUCAAAGCACAACGAGAGAAGAUGUUAAUUUGGGAAUGGCACCCCUACAAGCAGCCAUCUCGAGUCUUUUCCGCCAUGAGAGGAGAACUUUGGCUAGGUCUUUAUUGGUCAUUAUUCAGAUGAUCUCAGAGGCGGCAAGGUUUAGGUAUAUUGAGCGACGAGUGAUUCGUAGCAUCCAAAAUCAUGAACAAUUUCAGCCCGAUACUUGCAUGAUUACCCUUGAGAAUAACUGGAAUCGCCUCUCCAGAGCCGUCCAGAGAUCUAUCCAGGGGCAAAUUAGCAGGGAGGAUCAACUUCAACUUGUUGCACCAAAUGGACAGAUAUACACUGUGGUAGAAGUGACUCGAGAAAUACUCCAAUCUUUUGGUCUGGCGCUCGCUAAAUAUACAAAUCCAAAUCCCGGGCACGAUGAGCUAUAAUCACCAUUCAUUA